CGGCGAGAGGAGAGGCGGUCCGCGACCGCGGUUUGCGCCCCAAUGCUGGCGCGAUUUUCACCGCGCUUCCACGCGAAUCGUUACGCGGACGCGCGCGUUCUCAAACAUAUUCGCAACUUGCCGAAAGCGAAACCACAGCAUGCUACCAUUUUGAAUUUGAAAUCGGGAGGUUCCAAAUUUGAAAAUUUUGUGUGUGUGCCAAAUUGUGCUAACUAGCCUCAACUGUCCCUACUUGUGUUCCAUUGACUAGUCCAAUACACUUUACGUGAACAGUGUAAUUGAAUUAGUACUCAUUGUGCACACCUAUGUAAAUUUUUCAAUCAAACAAAACGGAUGCUCGCAAUUUUUUACCGAUAGACUUAUUUGCAUCGACAGCUAAUUAAAGUCAAUUAGACAAAGACAUUAGUGAGUCACUUUCAAUUGAUCGAUAAAACAAUCGUAGAUAUUUAUGAAGAUGAUGUCAUAGAGCGGUCCGUCGGUGCAGACAGGGAGACGAUUGUGAGAAAUUGAAAUGCCAUCGAGUAGAUGAAAUGAAGACGUCGCUCGAAUGCGACAGGGCCGAGGCCGCCGAAAACGGCGGGAAAGGCCGUAUAUCGUUUAGCGUUGACUCACUACUGGGAGGGAAGACCGACGCGCCGGCGAAGGAUGCGAGCAUCACGGACGCCAACAGUAACGAUGCGGAGAGUACCGACGCGGCUCCAGAAACGGAUGAUAGUGACGUCGACAUUGAGGAUGUGGAAUCUAACGCCGGAGACGAGAGGGACGAGCGGGAGAUGGGGCAUGAUGGAGAGGAGAUGGAGGGGAGGAGCGGCGUGGUGGUCCCGCAGCCCCUGUUGCCGCGCCUCUACCAGGGACCAGCACCGCCGCAUACUUGGCCCUUUGGCGCUUUCCCUUGGAUAGCGCCGAAUCCAAUGUUUAGAGGUGGUUCACCAAACACGGGAGCGCCAAGCGGUCCACCGGUAGUGCGAUGUCAACUCCGCAAACACAAACCCAACAGAAAACCACGGACACCAUUCACCACGCAGCAACUCCUCGCCCUCGAGAAGAAGUUUAGGGAUAAACAGUAUCUGAGUAUAGCGGAGAGGGCUGAAUUUUCCUCUUCCUUAAGGCUUACUGAAACACAGGUUAAAAUAUGGUUUCAAAACAGACGCGCAAAAGCGAAACGUUUACAAGAAGCCGAGAUUGAGAAACUACGAUUGUCAGCCCGACCACUUUUGCCUCCGUCCUUUGCCCUAUUCGGCGGGGGAGGCGCACCCCCUCUCUUUGCUGCUAUGGCCGCGGCAACUAGGCCACAACUGAGCUUUCUUGGAGGUCCACCAAGCCAUCAACAUGCUAUAAACAUGAACAUACUUAACUCAUUGCAACCUCAUUGACGACUGGAGCACGCGGGGACGCGUGACAACCCUGAACAACCAACAUCUUAGCCGAUGCACUAGUCGACGCAUCUACCGUUCUAAAUUCAAAUUCAAAAUUAGUGAAAUGAGGUUUAAUCUGAGGAAUUCAGGAAAUCGAAGAAUAAAAUUGUUUAUAACUGACAGUUUGUGAAUUUUUAAAAGUAAUUUAAUUUAUUUAAAAAUAAAAGAUGAAAAUUGCAAUUGAAAAGUAUCUAAAUAAAUGGUAAUUAAUGAACUUGUUCUCAAAUUCAUUUAAAUUACAAUUUUGAUUGUGAGAUAAGAUAAUGUGUUAUUAUUUUAUUACAAAAGUGUUCUAGUUCAAGUGAUUUGUGUUAUGUUAAUAGAAAACAAUGACUACAUGAAAUAAAACUAUAGUUAAUGAUGUAUAGUAUCCUUGUAAGUUCCGUGUAGUAAAUUUAGUACAGUACAUAGUGCUUUUUAUAACUUUGAAACGAUAAGUGCAAUUUCUCGUUUAAUUAGAUAAAUAAUUAAAAACUCUAUGAAGUUGCUCGUAUAUAAACAGAUUUAACUUAAUGAACUAUUGCUGAAAAGAAGUGUAAAUCAAUCGUAUACUAUGAAUGUUAUACCUAAUAGAGACCAAGAAUAAUAGAAGGUAUCUACUUAUAUUACUUAUUCAAAAAGCUCCUCAAUUCAUCUAAAUUCUUUUCUGUGUGUGUACAUAUAUUAAAAAAUAUCUUCGCCAAGGGUCUUCGCCGCUAGGGUUUACUAUCGAAUGUGUCCCAUAUUAAGUUUACCAUGAUUGAAGUCUCUGUUAUUUAUCGAAACAUUAUCUCAAAAGUCCAUAGACUACCUAAGUCUUUGUAUACGAAAAAAACCCUCGUUGCAUUAUUAGAUGAUAGAUAUUUUAUCGUAUCAGCUUUAAUACCAAUGCUGUAAACUGUUCCCAACAGUUAUCUAAGUUCCAGGCUCAACCUUUAAAAAAAAACUUGAAUGUUAGAAGCUUAAUUAAUAUUGAUGAUCUGUUACGUUUUUAAAAUCACCAUUCUACCUUACUUGAUGCACCAAGUCUCGUUGUUUUAAGCUUUUCUAUAAAUGUUUCGUUUGCACAAGCCU